GAAAAGAAAAAAAGACAAAGGCCAUGGAGUCAAAGACAAGAAGACACCCAUCUUUCUCAAUCCCUCAUGUCCCUCUCCAAACCGUUUUCUACUAGACUCAUCAACCAACUCUCUCUCUCUCUCUGGCUCUUCCCUAUUUUGUAAGCUAAGCCCAAAACCAUCACCAUCAUUAUCAUCAUCAUUCCCACCCUAUGAAGCUUCUUUGUUAUCUUUCUCUCUCUAUAAAUGCUUCUCUUAUUAUCUUACAUCAGACCCGUUGUUGGGAGAGGAAAAAUUGGCCAUCAGUGGAAUAAUAUUUUGAACACUGGGGUCAGGAAUCAUCAACCUAGCUAGUGUGUACAACAAUGAGGAAGCCCGAGGUUUCUGGAAACAACAACAACAACAACAAUAUUAAUAACAAGCUUAGAAAAGGGUUGUGGUCACCUGAAGAAGAUGACAAGCUCAUGAACUACAUGCUAAACAGUGGACAAGGUUGUUGGAGCGAUGUAGCCAGAAAUGCUGGCCUUCAAAGGUGUGGCAAAAGUUGUCGCCUUCGAUGGAUCAACUACUUGAGGCCUGAUCUUAAACGAGGUGCAUUCUCACAACAAGAAGAGGAACUCAUCAUCCACUUGCAUUCCCUUCUCGGAAACAGAUGGUCUCAAAUAGCGGCGCGCUUACCAGGGAGAACAGACAAUGAAAUUAAGAAUUUUUGGAAUUCAACAAUAAAGAAAAGACUCAAGAACAUGUCAUCCAACACCUCACCAAAUGGAAGCGAGUCCUCAUAUGAGCCUAAUAACAGAGACCUUAACAUGGCAGGGUUUACUACUUCUAAUACCCAAGAUCAACAACAUGCUGAUUUUAUGCCUAUGUUCAAUUCAUCAUCUCAAUCACCCUCCAUGCAUGCCAUGGUUCUCAAUUCCAUAAUUGACAGGUUGCCUAUGCUAGAGCAUGGACUAAACAUGCCAUGUUCUGGUGGAUUCUUCAAUAGCACAGGGCCAUGCUUCUCAUCAUCACAAAGUGGAGUUGACAACAAAGGGAUUUAUUUGGAAAAUGGAGGAGUAUUUGGGAGUGUAAAUAUUGGUGCAGAAGGGGAUGUGUAUGUUCCCCCUCUAGAGAGUGUUAGCACUACUUCUGACCAUAACCUGAAAGUGGAGAGCACAUGCAACACAGAUACUAACAAUAGUUACUUUGAUGACAUAAACAGUAUCCUCCUUAAUAAUUGCAACAUUAAUAGCAACAAUAAGAGAGCUGAAAAUAGGGCUGGUGGGGUGGAGAAUUUGUUUCAGGAAGAGUUAACCAUUGGAGAGUGGGACUUGGAGGAGUUAAUGAAAGAUGUUUCAUCCUUUCCCUUUCUUGAUUUUUCAAAUAUCCAAUAAGUUUUCUCUCUUUCCCUUUUUUUAAAUCUUCUGAUUCUGAUGAGGAUCCCAUUUGGCUGCCAGCUAGCUAGUCAUUAUCGGAAUCAGCACCUCCAUAUAUAUAUAUAUACAUAUCUUAUUAGGUACACUUUGUGAUCUCCCUAAAAAAACCUUGUAAUUUGUAUUUUUGCCAUUAUUCUCCAGGAGGAGCAAAUUCACUGAUUAACAAGGUACGUAGGUCUGAAAUAAAAGUCAAUCAUGUAUAUCUGCAGGAUUGGUGAUCAUGUAAUUAGUCUUGCAAAUUUGUCACCUUGAUGACAUUGAUGAGGUCACUUUGUAUCUCGUAAACCAGUGUAGUUAUUUACAAGAAUCUGUCAUACUUGUGAAUUAGAUGUGAAUAGAUUGUCAAACAUUAUAUUUCUGUUCAAGUACUAUUUGGUGAAUAAUAAUAAUACUUCCAGAUAUAUAUUGUUACU